GCGAGCGCUGCGUGCGCGGCCCACGGAGCCGGCUCUGCUCUGCUGCCUCUGCGCGCCCGACGACUCCACCUCUCGCGGGAUCCGGGCUCCCGCUCGACGCCGGCUUUCUCCUCGACGCCCAGCCGGCGGGGGUCGCCAUGGUUCACUUCUUGCACCCGGGGCUGUCGCCCCGGACCAUCGCCCUUCCCGACGCUCAGAAGGAUGCCCUGGGCAGCUGCGUGGUGCAGGAGGAGGCAUCUCCCUACUCUUUGGUCAACAUCUGCCUGCACGUCCUGAUUGCUAACCUGGAGAAACUGUGUUCUGAAAGAUCUGAUGGAACACUAUGCCUUCCGGAGCAUUGGAGUUUCCCUCAGGAAGUAGCUGAUCGAUUCCUUGGGGUGAUGACUUGGCAAGGAAAGCUGACUGAUAGAACAGCGAGCAUUUUCCGGGGCAACCAAAUGAAACUGAAGCUGGUCAAUAUUCAGAAAGCUAAAAUCUCUACAGCUGCAUUCAUAAAAGCCUUCUGCCAUCACAGACUCAUUGAACUGGAUGCUACUGCAGUGCACACUGACCUCCCAGUCCCAGACAUCAUAAGUGGACUCUGCAGCAAUAGCUGGAUCCAGCAAAACCUCCGGUGUCUCCUGUUGGACUCAACAAGCAUCCCUCGAGAUUCAAGAGUGCUAUACUUUGGUCAGCUCACUGGUCUUCGCAUUUUAAGUGUUUUCAAUGUUUGUUUUCAUAGUGAAGACCUGGCUAAUGUUUCUCAGUUACCAAAACUGGAAAGCUUGGAUAUCUCUAAUACUCUAGUCACUAACAUCUCUGCCCUCCUUACCUGUAAGAAUCGACUCAAAUCUCUCACAAUGCACUAUCUAAAAUGCCUGACCAUGACCAAAUCGCAAAUUCUCGCAGUCAUUAGAGAACUUAAAUGUCUGCUUCACCUUGAUAUUUCUGAUCACAGGCAACUCAAAUCAGAUCUGGCUUUUCAUUUGCUGCAGCAGAAGGAUAUUCUGCCUAAUGUUGUGUCACUGGAUAUUUCGGGUGGCAGUUACAUCACCGAUGGAGCCGUAGAACUGUUUAUACGGCAGCGGCCUGCGAUGCAGUUUGUGGGACUUUUGGCUACGGAUGCUGGUUAUUCUGACUUCUUUACUACAAAGCAAGGCUUGAGGGUUGCUGGAGGAGUCAACAUGAGACAGAUUUCAGAAGCACUGAGCCGAUACAGGAAUAGGUCAUGUUUUAUGAAGGAGGCCCUCUACAGGCUAUUCACAGAGACAUUUUCUAUGCAGGUAACCAUGCCUGCAGUUUUAAAGCUUGUGGCUGUAGGAAUGAGGAAUCAUCCAUUGGAUUUGCCAGUGCAGUUCACAGCCAGUGCUUGCGCCCUCAACUUAACACGCCAGGGCCUGGCCAGGGGGAUGCCUGUUCGCCUGUUGUCAGAAGUCACCUGUCUACUUUUCAAGGCUCUGAAAAAUUUCCCCCAUUAUCAGCAGUUACAGAAGAAUUGUCUUCUCUCCUUAACCAAUUCCAGGAUUCUUGUGGAUGUCCCAUUUGACAGGUUCGAUGCUGCCAAGUUUGUUAUGAGAUGGCUCUGUAAGCAUGAAAACCCCAAAAUGCAAACGAUGGCAGUGAGCAUCACUUCGAUUCUAGCCCUGCAGCUCUCACCUGAGCAAACUGCACAACUUCAAGAAGAGCUCUUUAUGGCAGUGAAAGAACUUCUUGCAAUAGUAAAACAAAAGACUACUGAGAAUUUAGAUGAUGUCACCCUCUUGUUUACUUUGAAAGCACUUUGGAAUCUUACAGAUGAGUCUCCAGCUGCCUGCAAGCACUUUAUUGAAAAUCAAGGAUUGGCAAUCUUCAUCCAAGUCUUGGAGACUUUUUCAGAGUCAGCAAUACAAAGCAAAGUACUUGGUCUUUUGAACAACAUAGCUGAAGUCAGAGAACUCUCUUCUAAGCUGGUGACAGAAGACGUGGUGAAGCAUGUCAGCAGCUUGCUCCAUAGCAAAGAAAUGGAAGUCAGCUAUUUUGCUGCAGGCAUCAUAGCCCACCUGACAUCUGACAGCCAGCCCUGGAUGUCCCGUGACCUUCAGAGGACUGCUCUUCUCCAAGAUCUGUAUGCAACCAUCCAGAAUUGGCCAAGUUCAAGUUGUAAGAUGACAGCAUUGGUGACCUACAGAUCCUUCAAGGCAUUUUUCCCGCUUCUUGGCAACUUCUCUCAACCAGAGGUUCAGCUCUGGGCACUAUGGGCUAUGUAUCAUGUCUGCAGUAAAAACCCCAGCAAAUACUGCAAAAUGUUAGUCGAAGAAGAAGGAUUGCCACUUUUGUGUGACAUCCGGGAGCACAGUGAGGCAGAUCCCCAAGCACAGAAGAUUGCAAUCUCCAUUCUAGAUGACUUCAGAAUGCAUUUUGUGAAUUAUCAGAGACACCCUCUAUGUUCAAUGCCCUUAACAUAAGAGGCUUAAGAGGUGCUCUCUGUUCCUCAAUGUCAGGUCUUCUGUCAGCAAUUGAAUGUCGAAACCAGUUGUCGUUGGAAUUUGUGAGUUGGCCGCCUCACUAGCCUUUUAUUGUUAAUUUUCUACAAGUUACAAAAGAUUGGAUUUGUAUGAUAGCCAUAAUCCCAAAUCAAGUUGGAAUCAUUCUGGGAACACCGCUUCCACAGUUUUGAAAAAUCAAGCCCUGGACUCGUGGGAAGACCUGUGAGCUUGCAUUGGAACAGUCAUACCAGUUACUUUUCUCUAGCUCUGGCCAAUUUCUUGACUCUGGGAGUUUGUCAGAGGAAGAGGUAAAAAAAGACCUACAGGGAGACCUUGGUAUUUAUGUUAAAUUUCCUAUAUGAAAGAAUCUCCCAAGUUGUUAUUCCUGGUUAUGUGAAACCACUGGAAAAGAAGUACAUGAAAAAAGUUCUGAGAAGUUUAUGCUUAUAAAUGUGUUGUUUGGAAAGCAGAACUUUUGUUGGAGGGGAGGAAAAAGAAAAUAAUAAUUUUUUUUUAUAGGUACCAAAGAACCUUUCACUUGUGGGGUGGAGGGAAGAGAAAUAUAUUUUUUACAAUUUUGGAUAUUCUACCUUUGGCCUGUUAUUCUUACAACUUUGCUCAUUAGACUGAGUAUAACAUUCUGUAUAAUGGGUAUACUGGAGGGGCAUGGUGGGACUUAGGACUGAGUGUUUAAUGAAAGAUUAUUUGGGGAUUGUAAAUCUCAAUCCCUCAAAUUUUUAAUUUGAGUUGGGACGGUGAUCAAAACGGAGAGGAAGAGGAAGGGCCAGAGAAGGACUUUGCUAAACAUUUCAGGAGGUACUCUUAACUAGCAUGGAGACAAGAAAGAUAUGGGCUUUUCUGAGAACUAGCCUCAACCACAAUAUAGACUAUCAGAAGCUUUUGUCUGUGCCUUCUGCAAACCUCUGUGGAAUAGAGUAUGAACUCCUUCCUUGCUUUAUUUUUGACAACUAGUGAAAAGAUGUUUUGCCGUUCAUAUGUUUAAGUUUUUCAAAGCACCAAAGUACAUUCCUUUUGAUCAUUUUAGCACAUUUUAGGACUAUAUUUCUAUGCUUUUAGCUGGCCAGACCCUUAACUGGAGUGCUAUAUACCACCUUUUGGAAUUAAAAGAGGCUUAUUGUUAUUCUAAACCAUAUUCAAAACUAUUGCUCCCAAGUGUCCCACUGGAUAAGGGGAAUUUGUAACCUACUUCCAUCUGCAGUCCUGAAACUGCACUAUAUUUUCUCCCAUUCACUCUUCUUCAUGAUUCCAAAAGGCUGUCUUAGUUUCCUGCCCUGGGUUCUACUACUUUGGAACAUUCUGUUACCAGAUACUAGCUUUUGCUAAUGUGAGGAUGUGGUGGGAACUAGCGCCUGUUAAGGUCCAGUUCUAUAUUAGGCACUCCUCCAAGCUUUGUGUCUUUCACAGCAAUCCUCUGGGGUAGGUAAGUUUUAUUCUUCCCAUUUAACAGGUGAGAAGAAGGAAGUUCAGUCAGGUUGUUACUUUCCUGAAUAGUGAUAGCUCAUGCGGUUGGUGCUGAUUCUAGAGCCUGGGCUCUUCUAUAUUACUCUCCCUUCCAGGAAAUGAGCACAACCUUGGGGCACAUUUGCAUUUAGCAGCAAAUCAGCAAUGUUGUUGACAUGUAUCCAUGCCCAUGGCUUAGUGACUCUAGGCCAGGGGUCGUCUCAGGAAGCUCAGAUCAGUUGAAGAAUGACCACAAGGCUACAGCUUAAGAUGCAGCCUUCUCUUCUGCCUUGGUACAGGAGGAGGGCCACUGAGACUAGCGUGCAUAUGUGCAUGUCAACCCUGCUUUGUUUCUGAGUGUGUCAUCCUUUUGCUCACCUGUCCUCAUGCUGUUCCCCUCAGCCUUCCUCUUCUUUGCCUCAAAUGCCUAUUAAUCCUUUAGGCUUCAACUCUAAUGUUGCCUGCCCCAUUCCUGACCCUCCAUUCUCUCCAUCGGUUAAUCAGUCCCUUCUCAGUGCUCCUGAAGGCUAUUUAAUGUGGCCAUCAACGAUUUACCCUAUAGUUUAUGAAAGGUUUUCUCAGCGAUGAUUUCAUUGGAUUCUCACAAGAACACUCCAUUAAUAAUAACAUUUAUGGAACAUGAGGUGUUUAUUUUUUUUAACCUUCACUACAGUUUCAUUCUGCAGAUGAGGAAGCUGAGGCAUGCAGUGAGUAAGUGGCAGAGAGCUGGGAUCUGUAGUCUGAUUCCUGAUGCCUGCUCAAGCACUACCAGGGUUUCCUUAUUAUCUGUUACAGAGGAAGGAACUGGGGGCUUCUUACAACCUCUUGCCGUCUCUGGUGAGCACCUGACAACUGAGAGGCAGAGGUCAGGCCUAACAGCCAACAGUACAAAAGCCCAGAGGGGUCUAUCUUAAUCCUUAGUUUAUCAUUCGAGUAGGGAGAGGCGGGUACUCUCCAAAGCAAACUCGACCCCAGUAAUUAUCUAGACAGGGUGAGGAAUAAUGAAGGAAGCAGUAGGUGGCAUGGUCAGCACAUUAAUACCAGGCCCAUGCCACUCAUUUUAUAUCCAUCAUUGUCCUUGUGAGGAAACUGAAGCCCAAAGAGGCAAAAUGAUGAAGGCAGUUGCGCUGCAAAUUUUCCUUCUGGAUCCUGCCCUUUAAGGCUUGCAUCUCCCUUAAGGUUAAAUGGGAGUCACUUGCCAACAAAUUUGGGAGGCCGCUUCUCCCUGAAGGCUGCCAUGCCCUCUAGCCGGUCCCGGGUGGGGAUGUUCUGAAACAACAUACAGAGUAUUAGGUUCGGGGGAGAAGGGCCAGAGGCCAAUAAAGAUUUGUUCAAGCUUGUCCAGCCCAUGACAAGGCCAGAGUCCACGUCUUUCCGUUGUCUCUGGACUCUGGUAUUGGGCCAUGCAAAGGUUGGGGCCUCAGUGGCUCCUUGUUGUGGGGAAGGCAGGCUGUCUCUCGAGCAUCUGUAGCCUGUCACAUUAGCCUCUACUUGCAUACUGUUUACAUGCUUCCAGAGAGCUCACAGUCUCUUGUACCAGUCUGAUAUGAGGCUGCUCAGUAGAGAAGAAAGAUUAGGCUUUGCAGUGAGAAAUGGCUUUGAAUCUGGUGUGUAGCUAGUUUACGCUUGGUCCUACGAGUCCCAGACCCCCUGUUUAGGAGUAUUUUGGAUAUUUGCUAACCUGGAGAUCAGUAUUUUUGACUCACCCAGGAGUCAGGGGCUAAAUAGGUCAGCUCCAGAUUUACUGCCCCACCAUUGAACUCACACAGCCUGCAGGCUGUAACCAAGGCCUUGACAUCCCAGCUCCAGCCUAGCCUGUACAGUGGCCACUGGGCCAGAGACAGCAGAAGCCAUUCUUCUUCUCUGUCAAGUGUGAUUUCUCUGGGCACUAAGUGGGGCAGGAUGCACCACCAUUGGAUGGCUGCGGAAACAGUCCCAGAGAGAAGCAGUGUGGUUUCCCUGGGAUCACCCUAGGCCAGCUGUGAGGAGGAAAUGGCAUAGAAUCUGACUUUUUGGGUUGGGAGGAACCUACUAAAUUGGUCAUAUAUUGCACAAGGCCCCCACUCUGACCCCAGCCUCUGCUUAAAGCAAGCAGGGACUGGCAGCAGCCACAUACCUGGGCAUAGCAUAUCCCUUCAAUGGCCAUCCCUGAUGCAAUGUCCACCUGCGAGAAAGAAGUAGUGCCUGGAUCAGCCUGACCUUGUCCAACUCCAUGUGCACUGGGAACCAGCCCGCCCUACUGCCUGCACCAUUCCUUAUUGUUCCGUGGAUCCUCCAGCAAAGAGUUACUGAGGUUUACUGUAUGCCAGUCCAUGUGAACAGAGAUGAAUAUGAUAAGGAAUUCCCUACCUGGAGGGGGAAGACCAUUCGAAACAGUGAUAAAAUAGUGCUGGGACAGAUGGGGGCCGUGAGAACAAUGGGGGGGA